AUUUUUCCAGACAUUGGAUCACUCGGUUUUUAGGCAUGACGGUGCACUUUUACCUCAUAGUUUCAUAUACGGCAUACAAUUAAAUCAUUGUAAUCAAACAAUCGGAUCGGAAUAAAUAUAAAUGUUGAGCAAAUCAAGGACUGCUCAACAGUUGACCAAUGCAAGGAAUCACGCUGAGAAAGUCGUGUGAACCACAUCUGACAAGAAUAUAUUCUGCUCAUCUUUCACAUCCACACGUUUGGGACAUUUCUCCAGAUCGAUAAUUAGGAGGUGGAUUUCUCUCACUGCGGCUCUAUCGCUACACUUUUUGUUUUUAUCUAAAUAAACAGGAAUCACGGAUUUAAUUCACUUUAAUUCAUACGAGAAGAGGAAGAUCCUGCCUUCUCACUCAUCCAUCUUCAACCUUCAACGCUAUACAGAAUGAAUUCAAAACACCUCGCUAAAGGGUCACAAUGUCCUCCACCACCGGUUGACAAAUUGCGGAUCUAUAACAUGAGAUUUUGCCCUUACGCUCAAAGAUCUGUGUUAGUCGCAAUUGCAAAGAAUAUUCCACACGAGAUUAUCAACUGCAAUUUAGUGGACAAACCGGAAUGGUUAUUCACAAAAAAUCCAGGAGGAAAAGUUCCCGUGUUAGAGGAACCAGACGGAAAGAUUUUGUACGAAAGUCUAAUAGUGUCUGAUUAUCUAGACGAAGUAUAUCCAAAUCGUCCGUUGCAUGCAAAAUGCCCAUAUCAGAAGGCACUGGACAAACUUAUGAUUGAAGAGUUUAACAAGGUUACAACGUUAUUCUACAAAGCUUUGACAAAUUUGAAACCAGAAGGUUCAGCCGCUCUGAAAGACAGCCUGGUAGAAUUCCAGAAAGGACUUUCACCAUUUGAGAAAGAGUUGGAGAAAAGAGGCACAACUUUCUUUGGAGGAAAUGAUGCUCCUGGAAUGCUAGAUUACAUGAUUUGGCCAUGGAUUGAACGCGUCCCAGUCAUGAAGUUAUCCACAGACCCGGAUAUUUUCGAUUUCGAAACUGCGAAGAAGGAUAAUCCCAACUUGGAAUCAUGGCGAAAUGCAAUGAAAGAGGAUGAUGCGGUUAAGCAAUACUAUUUGUCUGCUGAAAACCACCUUAAAUUCAUCAAGAGUUUUCUGGUUGGAAAAGCCGAUUACGAUUUUCUCGUUCAAUGAUAAAUUUUGGAACUUUGAGAUUAUUAUUUGCAUGGCGCUCACGAACCGACAAUAUAAAAAUUGUAAAGACAUUUGAACUAAAAUUAUAAUAAUUGUACAUGUAUAGUAUAAGUAAUUGCGAACUUGAACGACAAUAAAAAUUUGAAUAUCUACGUUAUAAAA